AUGACCGCGGACCAAAAACAGUCGCCGGAUUUUUGCGAGCCGUUCAUCGUCCGGAAAAAGAACCCCAUCAGGUUCUUCUCGACUUAUGGGGUCGCGUUUUUGUACGUAAUCAUAUUCGCCCUGUUCGUGUUCAAUUACUUGACCCUAAUCAGGAUUACGGUUUUGGAAAGUGACGUUAAAAGUUUGAAAGAGAAGCUCUCCAACGUUAGAUUGUUCGAUGAUGAUCUAAUUAACAACAUCAUCAGAGCCGAAGAUGAACAGAACGAUGAUGAUGAUACGGAGGACGAUUCAAAAGUUAUUAUACCUGAUGAUAAUAUAAACGAAUAUACAGAUUAUGAUUAUUAUGAUACAAAAAAUAACGAAAAUUUCACAUACAACGAAUACGAUUUGUUCAAAAAUCGCGAAAACUCCACUAAAACUGAAGAGGAAUUAUAUAAGAGGAAGAAACGCAGCAUUGCAUCUACAAUAAGAAAGGAUGAUGAUAUCGUUAUUUCUAAGUACAACUUAAGAGGAAGAAAUUCUACUGGAAGAUCUUCAGGAACCAAAAAAUACCAUGGCGAACCAAACGAUUCCAGUUACAACACGAAGCAAGCCAGUUACAAAUCGUUGGAUUCCUACCAGGAUUCGUAUGAGGAGACGACUACUUAUUCCCCGCCGAUUACGAUAGUCAGAAACACGGGAUAUCGAAGAAGAACCAUCAAGCAUUUACCCUCUGUCCAUUACAGCGGCGACACGUCCAAAUAUGUCUACGGAGUCCACGACAAUUUCUACGGAAACAGUCAAUUAAGACACGUAAACGAAAUGUUCGUCGAUUGGACGGCGAAGGAUUGGGUAGACACUUUAAGAAUGCACUCUCAUUUCACCAUGGACAACGGUUUCGUGACGGUGAAGCAAAGCGGCCUGUACCUGGUCUACGCUCAGAUAUACUAUUUGGACACCCACGACAGGGUGGGCUUCAGGGUGCUGAGGAACGACAAGACCAUCCUCGAAUGCGCCAUCACUGCGCCCAGCAUCGGCGGCAGCAUGAAGAGCAACACUUGCUACACGGCCGGAGUGGAGCACUUCCGCGCCGGCGAUAAAUUGUGGCUCAAAGACAUCGAGCAAAGGCUGUCAUUGUUCGCCAACGGGAAAUCGUUCUUCGGAAUGGUGAAACUAGGAAACAUAAGCGUCUAG